AUAUGAAAGAAAGCAGAACUAUUGUCUAUGGGAAGAGUUACUUAACCUAAAUAGUGAAGUUGUGAAGUUCUGGUGGAGUGCAUGUAAUACAGAUAUUUUUUUGAGUAUUUGGCUUAAACAAUUAACGUUUGCUGUGUUUAAUAAUUAUAUUAAAGUGCAUUGUUUGUUAAGUGUUGUAAAACAAUGUAGUAAUGGAAAAGAUGGAAAUAAUCCAGUACCUUGAAUUACUUAAUUCAAAAAAUCCAGUUGGCAUUUGCUGAAUAAGUUUGGUAGUCCCAACUCCCUUUCGAUUGGAAUACGUCUCAGCGUUUAUAGUCAAACAAGAUACGUCUCAACACCAAAUCCUAAUAAUCCUAUACACAUCUCGCUCAGUGAGAUACCAUCGACAAACUGGCUCCCAUUAUUCCAACCACUCAUAUGCCCGGUCUGCCGCCACCAAGGCCACUACCAAGGCCUUUCAUCACUGGCAAGUCCCGGAGUUUGUCAACUGCCGCCCUUGAUCAACUCUUCGCUACUCUCGAAGGCGGUUACGCCCCCAAUCUGUGGAUAACGUCGGCCGACCGUAAGGAACGUAAACUCCAAAGGGCUCCGCCACCACCAUCAAUGCCGUUGCUGCCUUCCUUAUUACCGACUCCACCGAAGGCCAACUGACCCCAAUCCCCACCUAACAUCAGUGUCAGGCGCAAAAUUUAAUUCUGAUGAUUAAACAAAAAUGACAGGCAAAAAUAGUUAAAAAUUAGGUGUUCAACAAAAAACUAAUAAUAAUUACGUUUGAGAAGGCAAAUAAUUACUAACGAAUUUUAUGAUGCUAAAAACCUAUCAAGUGAGAACGUCAAUACCAUAUGAUGAUGGGUACCUACCAAGAAUGUAAAUUAUGGUGCAACAGAACUUUCUGAUGAAAAGAUUUACUUAUUCGAAAUAAAUAUAGAUUUCUUAGGCAAUAUGGACGAUCUACUGCAAGAAAAUAUUAAAAAUUUGGAAGAAAACCUAGAACAAUCAUUUAAAGAGAUACUUGAAAAAGAAAAUUUUGUUUACACUUUACCCACAGAAAACAGUAGAUCUCAGUAUCUUUAUCUCAAUUUUCAUUUCAUACGCCAAUUGCUUAAAGUUCUGCAAAAUAGUCCAGAAGAAAUGCUUAGUGUGCAACAAACUAAAAUCGUAACAAAUAUUUUUAGAAACAUUGUUGGUGUAGGGAUAGCAUCUUUGCUGCUUCCUUCGAUGAAUUAUACAGCUUUACCUAGUGACAAAUAUUGCAAAGAGGAACCGGUUGAUGUAAAAUAUAAUAGACUGAUAUUUACUCUGUAUGAACUUUAUAUUUGUAUGCAAUCUAAACUUAUAAAACCAAUAAUCACCACUAAUUAUUUUAAAUAUAUUUUGUCUGCUCUGUAUCAGGUCUUAUAUUGCAAAGUUAAAAAGCCAUCCUUAAUAUGCGAUGAUAAAACAGAUUUUCAAAUGACUGACGAGUUCUAUGCAAGAAUUUUAGAGAAUAGAAAGAGAUUCGCUGAAGUUUUUAACUAUUGUAAAGACAACGUUUUUAAGACUAUUUAUUUACGUGAAACCAUGAUGUUAUUAAAAAAAAAUUCACCUAAAUGGUUAAACGUAGCAGUAGCCUCGAAUCUUAAUGAAGCAAUGGGAAAAUCGAAAGGGGUAGAAAGCCUUGUGAGUGCUAUGCUGGAUGUAUCAGGAACCGAAAAUCCUGACGAUACCACAAGAACUUGGAAAAUUGUCAGCAUCAUUUCUAGAAUAAUAGUCGAUUCUAGAAACUCCCCUGAUUUCGAAGAAAAUAUUUGUAAACAGGUUAUUAAAUUGCUUGAUCUCGAUUCUGAAGACAGCCGUCGUUUAUAUCCGUUUGAGCAAGUAUUUUCAUUAUGUACAAAACAGUUGUACUGUAUUGAGAGAGAUAAAAAAUAUACUCAAAUCCUGGUGAAUAAAGUAUUUGAAUUUUUUCAAUGUUCUAUCGAGGAGCCAACGGAUUUGAAAAAGGAUGUUACUAAAGAAAUUAGGAAAGGUAUUCGAAUUUUACACAUGUGCUUUUGCAACGGUGUUGAUUAUGCUCCUGAACUACCAGCUUCUUUACUGUUCAAAUAUAUAGCCAUCCUAUUUCGAAUAUAUGUUGUUGUACUUGAAGAGGAACAGUUUGUCAAAUUCACAGAACUCCUGAAGGAGGUUUUGUAUAAAAUAUUAACAUAUGAUGAUGACCAGGAGAGAAUAAUGGAGUUUUUCAAUGCUACUUUAUUUGAAAGGUACACUUCAAGGAUUAUUGCCAUGGAUAAAAACAUGAAUAUAUUUAUUGAAAACGACUCCUCUAUUUAUAUACAAAAUGUAGAGCAGACCGAUAUUACUUCGUUGUCGAUAGCUGGAAAUACUACCCUUGUUUUGUUGGGUAACAAUUUUGGUUUAAAGAGGCAUUUCUUUCAAUUUCUUCUAAACACUUUAACUCAUGAAAACAUUUACUUCAAUUUAACGACACAAAGGGAUUUGCAAAGUAAACAAAUGGUCGUAGGACUGAUCUGUGCAUUGCUUCAAACUGAAGAAGAUUCGAAAAAGUUAUUACUGGAAUGUCAAGAAUCCAUUUUAAAUUAUUUUAAAACCCUUUUAGAAAAUGCGGUUUUGUUUAAACUGUAUACGAAAGAAAAUUUUGACAUAAAUGAAAUUCAACAUCUCUUUGGAUUUUUUAUGGUAAUACAAUUGAUGGUAGAUAUCGUAGACAAAAACACAAUACAUUAUUAUGAACCUUUGAUCGAAAAUUUGCAAAUCAUUUCGAACAAAUCGAAAUGUACCGAAUUAAAAACAAUAGCGACGGAUAUUCUUUUGGUUUUGAAUAAUUUCCAAUAUAAUAAAAAGAAUUUGAAGAAAGAUGCUAAGGAAAUUACAAACUUUGAAAAGGCGUUGCAGGAUGUAUUUGAUCCUUUAUUACCAAUUAGAGGCCACGGACUUUUGUCGUUAGCGAAACUUUUAGAACAAAAAGACGAAGAAACUAUGAAGAAGAAACAGUACUUGUUAAACAUCUUCCAGCAAUUUUUGAAAGACGAAGACUCUUUUAUUUAUUUAAAUGCGAUUAGAGGCCUCGCAGCAUUAGGUGAUAUCUUUCCAGACACCGUAUUGGAAGUGUUAUGUGAAGAAUAUGUUAAUUACGAUAAAGAGAGUAAAGCCGACGGUCAUGAAAUUCCAAUAAAAAUUGGAGAAACCUUAGUUCAAAUUACAAGAACAUUAGGUAAAAUGGCAUCAAAACAUAAAUCCAUUCUGCUGAAUACUUUUCUUCAUGGUGCGAAAAAUGAAGACCAUCUUCUAAGGGCUUCAAGUCUUUCAAAUUUGGGGGCUGUAUGCCAGGCUUUAAGAUUUGGUGUAGGAACUAUAAUCACCGAAGUACUAACUUGUGUCCACGGUGUCAUUACUACUGACAAAGCACCAGAACCUAGAAGAGCAGCCGUCCAUGUUUUACGUCAAAUUUUUGUUGGUCUUGGCAAGGAAAUGAUACUUAUUUUGAAAGACGAAAUUCUCUUUAUCUAUAGAUCUUUGAAAAACAUUUAUCAAAAUGAUGUUGACGACGUUGUCAGACUUCAAGCUCAACUAUGCUUAGAAGAAUUAAAUGCCAACAUGAUGGAAUUCAUUUUUCCGCAACCUCAGUUACAUUCCGAAAAGAAAGUAAUCGAAUUAAAAUAAAUUGGAAUGGAAUACCGUUAUCCUUACAGUGAAAACUAUUAAACAGUAACGCGCUUUUCUCCUUACUUUUCUUGUGUAGAAGUUGCGGGGUACAGGGAGUUCUGUCUAUCGUAGCGGUAUAGACGUGACUAUUGCUGGUCAGAUGUGCAUGGAGUUACUUUCUCUUUUAUUCAUUCUUGUACAUUAUUUAACCAUCUUGGCGUUAGGCCAGUCAAAUGGUAGGUUAACUUUUUGGAUAAGUAACCAGUUUUUUGAAUAUGUGUGUGAGUAGUACUAAGUAUAAAAUUGUGUUUACGCGGUCGCACCCCCCCCCCUCUUCCAACCGCCACGUUGAUGAAUGAGUGUAAUAGAUUUUUAAAAUAUAUUUGUAAUCGUAAAUUAUGAUUAAAUAUAUUUUUGUAGCUAAUUAAGUCAUCUAUAAAUGUUAUUAAUUUAUAUUUCAUGUAACAUUAGUAAUAAACAUCCCCUUCGUGUUCAAAAAGCAAUAAAUUACUGACCUACCUUCUUUUUCUCGGCCGUUUGAAUAGCCUACGUUUGACUUUAUGUAUUUGUAACGACAAACUUUUUUGCAAUGUUUUAUUAUUAAUUGUUUUAUUAUCAUUAAGGCUAAUGUUACUAAUAAUAAAUUAUUAUGUUUGUA